UAGGACAUCGGAUCUCUCUGGAACCCAUAGAUGCUUGUCACAUCUGAGCGGCGCUCUGGCCCAGUGUCGCGCCUCGUGCCGGGCCAAGGACGCACGGCGCGCCACGCCAAGGCUCCGCGGUGCAUGUAGGGCGCUCAUUUGGAGAUGCGGCCCGGGGAAGCCCUUCCCCUCAACCCGGGCGCCUAUAAGAAGGGCGCGGGAGCGUGUCCGGACACACCGCGACACGAUGCCUCCACAGCGACCUGGGGCCCUGCUGCUGGCGGCCGCCGUGCUGCUGCAGUGGCACCUGACGGUGGCGGCGCCCGCUGCCGCCGGCGCAGACGCCCUGGUGUCCGAGUCCAACCCCGAUGACAUCGGGGCGUACUCGUCGCCCUUCUCCUUCGGCGGCUCUGCGCAGGCGGACGACGAGGAGGGCGUGGACUUCAACCCUGAAGACUACUCGGAGAUGGCAGCGGCGCUCUCGGACCAGAAUGAGGGCGGCCCUCUGCAGAUGGGCCAGGGCGCCAGCUCCAGCAACGGCCUGUCAACGGCCAGGAGCCUGGCGGUGGGCGCCGCCAUCAAGGUCCUGGACACGCAGCUGUACGUGGUGCGGGGGCUGGCCGUGGCCGCCAUCCGCACGGGCCAGUCCCUCAUCGCGGCCAGGAACAAGGUGGCGGACGCGCGCUCUCUGCUGGCGGCCCGGCUCCUGGCCUCGCGGCUGCGCGCCAUGCGCAGCGUGAGCACGGCGGGGCUGCGCGCCGGCGCGGCGCUCGCGGGCGGCGCCCUGGACGCGGCGCAGGCCAAGCUCCGCGCCCUGGACGCCGUGGUGCGCAUCGGCCUGGCCCUGUCCAGGACGCUGGGUGCGGCGGGGCUCGACGCGGCGGACGCCAGCAGGGACCUCAUCACCGCCUCCAUCGGGGCCAGGCUGCAGGCCAUCCGCUCCGUGGCCGAGGCUGGCCUCACCCUGGGGCGCACUCUCCUGCAGGACCUCCUGGGCCUCCCGACCAGCGAGAGGGGCUGAGGUUACGUGACCUUGGCCUUGGGCUUCAGUGACGUCACCGGAGAACAUGGCGUGUCUGCGCGCGGCGCGGGCAGCUGUGUCGCGAAAACUGUUUUACAGCCGUUUCGUGACCUGGACCUAUCGUUUUAUGGCUACUCGUUCUGCCGUCGGUGGGGGUAAUUCAUAAAAAACUAGUCAAGAAGAUCGCAGAACAAAGAGAGUGCUACGGACAUUAGAAGAAUCAAUUAAUUUGGGAUAACAUUUUAU